AUGGGCCUCGUCGUCGUCGUCCUCCUCCGCAAUUCCUCCCCCGCGGUCCAACAUCGACGAUGAGCGCAGUCGAUUCGCUCCUACGACCGCCUCGUCGUCGUCCGUCUUGGCCCCACUUGCGCCACCGCCGGCCUCCUUGGCUCCCCCACCCCGCCUGUACGGCUACACCCUCCCCCUCCCCGAUGACGAACUCGUCCCCCGCCUGAUCGGCAAGUCCGGCCGCGUCGCUCGCCAGAUCCAACAUGCCUCCGGUGUGGCCCGCAUCGCCUCGGGUCAUCUCCCCCUACCCGAUCGUCGCGACCGGCCCGUCCCCGUUCUCGAGUUCCGAGGCACCCUCACCGAGGUGCACAAGGCCGUCGAAGGCGUGCGUCAAGCCGUACUCGACACCGUUCGUCCCCCACCGCUCGCUAGUGCCUCCGUAGCCGACGACAUCGCUUUCGGCACCUUGCAUCUCGACGAUUGGUGCGUUCUCGACCCACGUCACUUGGUCCUCCUUUCGGGUCCCUCAGAUCGUUCGUCCAUGUCCGAUCUACUACGAACCAAGUUGCCCAAGAACCAUCAACCGCUCUCAAUCGAAUUGAACAACCGCGUCGAUACGAUGAAUUGGAAACCCAUCGUCGAACCCAACCCCGUACCUCGUCGAGCCGCGUCCCCUCCUCCUCCUCCAACUUCUACUGGUGGUUGGGGUCGAGCGCGAUCCCCUUCGUUCUCGACGAACGACCUUUCGGAAUCGGUCAAAAAACGUCGUGUCGACGCGAUCCCCGCUCCCCCUCUUCCUCCAGCAAGACAUGUCCCCGAUUCAGUCCGCAACGAGUCAUACGACGUACUGAUCGAGUAAGUCCCUCUCCCCCCCCCCUCGUGAAACCCCCCUUUCCUAACCACCUUUCUAACCCGAACCUCUCUCUCUCAAAAAAAAAAACCCCCUCCCCCUAGACUUCCCUUCGAUGCCGCGCCGGCCGUGAUCGGCCGAGCCGGUCGAAGAAUGCGAGAAAUCCACGACCUGUCCAGAGCUCGUUGUCGCGUCAACGCCGAUGACCCUACCCGAAACCCAACCUUCUGUCUCUCCGGUUCGGUACAACAAAUGAGGAUCGCACUGGCGAUGGUGCAGGAUAUAGUGAGGAAUGAAGUGGAUAGGUCGUGGUGCGCGCCUUGGUUGGAUGAGAAGGGGAGGAUCGGUUUGGAAAUUAAGGGGGGACGUGAGGGUGGGGUUGUGGGGGGAGUUGGGGCUGGAAAUGGUAAUGGUAAUGGUAACGGAGGAGGAGGAGGGGGUGGUUAUGGGGGUAUAGGAAAGGGGAGGAGAAGAUCUCCUUCUCCACCUCCUCCACCUCCUCCUCCGAGGAGUAGUUCUUUAAGGAAUGAGAGGAGGAGAUCACCGCCGCCUCCACCUCCUCCUCCACCACCACCUUAUGCUUCGAGGGAUCGUGGUGGGUGGUGA